AUGAACUAUAAUAAUGAACUACCAGAUUAUUACUUAAUUUUAGAAAUUGAAAGAACAGUUACAGAUGUUGAAGUUAUAAAAAAAGCAUACAAAAGAUUAGCACUAAAAUAUCACCCUGAUCGAAAUAUCGGUAACGAAUUAGAUGUUGAAGAAAAAUUUAAAUCAAUUACAGAAGCAUAUUCAAUAUUAUCCAAUUCCGAAAAGAAAUAUGAAUAUGAUAAUCUUUUAUUUAAUAGAAAUAAUAGAAAUAGAGGAAAUAAUAAUAAUAGUAGUAAUAAUAAUAGUGGUGGUAGUGGUGGUGGUGGUGGUAGUAGUAAUAAUAACAAUAAUAACAACAACAAUAAUAAUAACAAUAACAAUAAUAAUAAUAACAAUAAUUUCGAUAAUUUCGAUCAAUUCUUUAGUCAGCAUAAUCAAUUUGGACGUUCGAAUUUCUUUGAUAUAUUUAAUCAAUUCUUUAAAGCUAGUUCUUCAAAUUUCUUUACACAUACAACUCCUUCACCUUCACCUUCACCUCCACCUCCACCCUUUGGUUCACCUUUUAUGUUUUCAAACUCUCAUUCACAACAUCACCACAACAUUCACCAAGCCCAUCUAAAUCAACAUCACCAUAAUAUGCAUCAACAAAUGCAUUCUUCAUUCUCUGACCCUUUUUCUUUUCAUAAUAGUAUGCAUGACACUGUUCAACAUAUUCAUGCAAUGCAUAGAAGACAAAUCAAUAAUAUGAAUGGUUUUAACAACAAUAAUAACAAUAAUAACAACAACAAUAAUAAUAACAAUAACAAUAAUAACAAUAAUAACAAUAAUAACAAUAAUAACAAUAAUAACAAUAAUAACAAUAAUAACAAUAAUAACAAUAAUAAUAACAAUAAUAAUAACAAUAACAAUUAUAUUAAUAGCAAUAAUAAUGCUAAUUUAUAUAAUAGCCAUGGUAAUAACUAUGGAAAUAACAACAAUAAUAACAACAAUAAUAACAACAAUAAUAAUAAUAAUAAUAAUAAUAAUAAUAAUAAUAAUAAUAAUAAUAAUAAUAAUAAUAAUAAUAAUAAUAAUAAUAAUAAUAAUAAUAAUAAUAGCAACAGCAAUACUUGCAAUGGUAAUAGUAAUAUCAAUAGUAAUAGUAAUAGUAAUAAUAAUAUAAAUAAUAGGGCAUCACAACCACCAUCACCCUCUUUUUCUCCACCUUUAUCGCCUAUUGAUUCAUUGUUAUACCCAACAUCGAAUAGAGCACCGAGUGUUUUUAAACAAAAGGUAGUUGUUGAUGUUACUUUUAGGGAGAGUGUUUUUGGUUGUGAAAAACAAUUAUCAAUACCAGUAUAUAGGGAAUGUAAUCAAUGUCAUGGAAAUAUUAGUAGUAAUGGCGGAGAUAGUAGUAAUAAUUGUGGAGUCAGCAAUGGUAAUAAUGGAGGAAUAAAUAGUGGAAAUAAAGUUAAAAUAAUAUCAUGCGAUUUAUGUAAUGGAAGUGGUGUAUUUUCAGGUUUUACAUGUAGAGAUUGUGAAGGUAAAGGUACAAAAAUUCAACCAAUAUCAUCAUCAGGUUCAUCGCCACCAAUAACUCCAAAUUCGUCAUCCUCAAAUUUACCAAAUGGUAAUAAUAAUAACAAUAAUAAUAAUAAUAACAAUAACAAUAAUAACAAUAAUAAUUGUAGUCAAUGUAACGGAAGUGGUCAAAUUAAAAGUAUGGUUAGAGAUGAACUAUUAAUACCGGCAGGUAUAAAAGAUAAAGAGAAACAAGAAUUAGAAUUUUCAGUAAAUUUCAAUCAAUCGACAAUGGACGAAUAUCGUAUAACAGCAAUAAUGAGAGUUGAAAACAGUGAUCAAUUUAUGAGAAUUCCAAAUUCAAAUGAUGUUAUUAUCAAUACACAUAUUGGUGUAACUCAAUCGAUAUUUGGUGCAUCUAUAAAUAUCAUCACUAUAUAUGGUAAACAACAUCGUAUCACAAUUCCACCAUUCUCAGAUGUAAAUAAUAAACAUGAUAACUACUAUACAACCAUACCAAAUUUAGGUUUUAAGGAUUCAAAAGGUGGAAAAACUGGAUCUUGUCGUGUUAACUUUGUCAUAGAUAUUCCAACUCCCUCCUCUUUAACACCAAGAGAAUACGAACUCUAUAAAGAAUUAGAAUCAAUUGAAAUUAAAAGACAAAAUGAUUUCAAUAAUAAUAAUAAUAUUUAUAAUAAUAAUAAUAAUAAUAAUAAUAAUGUAAACAGGAAUAGCAGUAAUAGAAAUAGCAAUAGUAGAAACAACAAAAAUAACAAUAGAAAUAAUAGUAAUAAUAAUAAUAAUAAUAAUAACAAUAAUAAUAAUUUUGUCAACAACAAUAAUAUUAAUUAUGGUAAUAAUAAUUAG